AUGGCGUUGAAUAUCAGUGGCUUAGUAGCUCUGCUUUUAUUCUAUGCCCUGACUUUAGCUAUUGGAGUAUGGGCUUCUCGGAAAACCAGACAGAAGAAGCACCAGAAGCCCAGUGAAGUAGCCAUGGUGGGAGGCAGGAACAUGAAUUUUUGCAUUGGGUUGUUCACGGCAACUGCGACAUGGGUUGGAGGAGCUUAUAUCAAUGGCACGGCUGAAACUGUCUACCACCCUUCAAAAGGACUGGUGUGGGUUCAAGCUCCAGUUGGCUUUGCUUUGUCUCUCCUUGUUGGAGGGUUCUUCUUUGUCAAGCCAAUGAGAAUGAGAAAUUACAUGACUCUGAUGGAUCCAAUCCAAGAGAUGUAUGGGAAUGUGAUGGGCUCUCUACUUUUUAUUCCUCCAUUGAUUGCGGACAUAUUCUGGUUUGCUGCUGUUCUUGCCUCUUUAGGAGCAACCAUGAAGGUCAUUUUGGACAUCCAGGGUUAUGUUGCCAUCAUUCUUUCUGCCUGUACAGUGAUAUUGUAUACUUUGCUAGGAGGUCUGUAUUCAGUGGCCUAUACAGAUGUGAUACAACUCAUCUUUAUAUUGCUCAGUCUGUGGAUUUGUAUCCCUUUCGCCAUCAUGAACCCUGCUACAGAAAACAUUUUUUAUACAGCUACCCACAAUAUAUCCCAAGCCCCUUGGACCGGAAAAAUAGAACCAGAGUUUUAUGGAAGAUGGUUUGAUGAUUUCUUAUAUUUGGUGCUUGGGGCCAUCCCAUGGCAAACCUAUUUCCAGCGAGUUCUCGCAGCUUCCUCCCACAAAGAAGCCAGAUUAAUUUCCUAUUUUUCUGGACUGGGCUGCUUCAGCAUGGCUAUCCCUUCUGUACUGAUAGGAGUGGUUGCUGCCUCCACAGACUGGAACCAAACCGACUAUGGCCUCCCCACCCCGUACGAAAGAAACGAGUCCGCUCUCAUACUUCCGCUAGUCCUUCAGCAUCUCUGCCCGAUGUAUAUCUCUGUCGGUGGUUUGGGUGCCAUCGCAGCUGCUGUGAUGUCCUCGGGAGAUUCUGCACUGCUCUCUGUCAGUUCCAUGUUUGCUCAUAACAUCUAUAGGAAAAUAUUCCGGAGAAAGGCAGCAGAGAAAGAGGUCCUGUGGGCAAUGAGAGGCUCCAUGGUGAUGUUUGGGAUAAUUUCAGCAGUUCUGGCUUUCUACUCCCAUUCGAUUUAUGACCUCUGGUUCUUGAGUGGAGAGCUAGUAUACACCCUCCUCUUCCCCCAGUUGUGUUGCGCUCUGUUUCUUCCCAGCACCAACACCUACGGCUCCGGGGUUGGGUUCUUCCUCGGCUUUCUUCUACGGUUAUUGGCAGGAGAACCAUCCCUGAAGAUCCCCCCUGUGAUCUGUUACUCGGGAUGCUCAGUGGUAGAAGGUGCCUGCGUCCAGCUCUUUCCAUUCAAGAUGGUCACCAUGCUGCUCACGCUACUCACCAUCGUCUCCACUUCCCAUCUAGCCAGCUUUAUGUUCAAGAGGGGAAUCCUUCCUGCUGAAUGGGACGUCUGCCAAGUUAUUACGGAUGACGCCGUGCCUGUUCCCUUCUCCUGGGGAGAAAGGCAGAUGGAUGUACGAAAAAAUCCAGACUUGUGAGCAAGCAGAGGAAGCGGGUUAUGAAAGAUAUUUGGCGGUAUCAUUCUCCUGUUCCCGCCGAUUGUUGGGAAGCUCCUUUGAGCGGUAGGAAGAAAAUAUCCCUCUGGUUCAGUUCCAAGCUGGGAGAAAGACACUGGAAACAUGGAGGCUGAUUGGAAAGAUGGUUUAUUGAUGAAGCAGGACCACCUGUAAUUCUGGGUAGCUGACAAAAUGGAGUUGAGGGGUGUGUGUUAUACCUUCUUUCGGCUUUGUAUUUGAGCUUCCUGUUCCUGUACCAAAACAUGUAUUCGAUUGGCUGUUGUCAGAUUCCUAUGGGGUCAUGUAGGGGUCAUAGCUGGCUCUAUAGGCAAAAAAGGAAAUGCAAAUCCUAGGUGUUUGUCUGAGCUAAGUUUGGUUGAAGUUUGGACUGCUCUGAAAGAGUGUUGGACAAGUCUAUUCCGGUUUAAUGGCUUUUGUCCUGUGUUGGAUCUUGACUGAGGGCUAAUCCUGUUUUGAAUGGAUUACCAAAUCUACAUUUUUAAAUGCCGCCUCUUCAGUAUCUGAUGGAGCUAUUAAAAGAGACUGAAUCUGUUUCCUGCCUCAAAAAAAGAAAAUGUUUCUCCAUUUUUCAUUAGGAAAAUAUAAUAUUCUGCCUUUUUACUAUUCCUCAAAAUAUUUCAUUCUUCCAGGAGGGUGAUAGUAGAGGUAAAAUGCUACUGGUUCACUCUGGUUCGGGAGAACCGGUAGUGAUAAAGACAACUGGUUCAGGCGAACCAGUAGUUUAAAAAAAAGCUACCGAUUCGACUAAAAAAGCUAUGAUCUGACGAUUAUCUGUGCCACACAGUUUAGCUUUGCUAGAAAGCAGGAUUUCCUGCUUUCUAGCGAAGCUAAACUCUCCACCACAGCUGAUCCCCCACCCCACCCGCUGUUCUACUUACCUUCCCAAGCCUCCUUUUGGUGUAUGCUGUGGGUGCAAACCGGUUCAGAUUUCACCACUGGAUGGUAGUUGCUAACUUUCUACAGAGCAAUGAAAAAAAAUUGGCUGAUAGGUCAGAAUUCAAAAUCACAGCAGUGUCUUUGCAUUAUAACAGCUGAAACACUUUUGCAAGUACCUCUGAUUGUAUAGCUGAGCUCUUUAUACGCCAAGAACAUUAAUUUAGAUGUAGUUAUGGAAGUACUGCCUGCUGUUUUUUUUACUGAAUAUUUAUUUUACUUAAUAUUUCAAUUCUGAGGUUACCUGACUCCAUAGUGAUUCUGGCAGUGAUUGUCUUACAAUUAAAAAUUUAAAAGAAAUGGAUGAGGAAACCACAGAAAAUAUUACUUUCCUUUGAUCCUUGCAGAAAUAGCAACACUGAUUACAUAGCACAUUUUAUCCACCCCAGGUCACCCCAAUGAAGUUGUUGAAGUGCUGUCCCGGUGUUUGGAAGCCGUACGGGUCUGGAUGGGGAGAAACAGGCUCAAGCUCAAUCCCUCCAAGACGGAGUGGCUGUGGAUGCCGGCAUCUCGAUUCAGUCAGCUGCAGCUGCAGCUGACUGUUGGAGGCGAGUUAUUGGCCCCAAAGGAUAGGGUGCGCAACUUAGGGGUCCUCCUGGAUGAGCGGCUGUCGUUUGAAGAUCAUCUGACGGCCGUCUCCAGGGGGGCCUUCCACCAGGUUCGCCUGGUUCGGCAGUUGCGCCCCUUCCUUGAUCGGGAUGCCUUGUGCACAGUCACUCACGCACUCGUUA